AUGGAGAUGUCACAUGAUGAAGAUCCAAAGGUCAGAUAUCAAGUAUUACACAACUGUUGUGAUGGUUCGCCAUCUUGGAGAGAAAAUGAUGUCAUUCACACCAUCGAAUCAAUGCACAAUGACUCUGAUCCAAAGAUUAGAAGAACCGUUCACAAGAUUCUUACCAACUACUCUAGAACUGGUGCUUGGAACAUCCUCUAA